GAAAGGUCAAGGUCGUUUCGACUGGAAGUAUUCGAUUUUUGUGAUUCAUUAAAUUAGUCGCUGCAUCAAGUGCAGCAGGUAUGAGCAGGCCUGGCCUAAGAAGUGGGAGUGCUGCCAACUGUACAAACCAGGCGAUUUUGAAUCAAGAAAUGGCACGGAAUCAGUCUGAUGAAGGUGGACGGCAACAUGAGCGAGAAGAUCAAGGAGAUGAAGACAAAUACGGUGAAAUCAAACCAAACCAACAAGCCAGUACAAAGAGUCAGAACAUGCAGUUUGAUUCCCAACUGACAGAAAAUGGUGAUCAUACCAUAGAAUGUUCUGUUUGUUUACAACCUAGUAUUUAUCCUGUCCAGUUACCAUGCCGACACAUAUUUUGUUUCCUAUGUGUAAAAGGUGUGGCUAACAGAAGUAAAAAAUGUGCAUUAUGUAGACAGGAAAUCCCUGCUGAUUUUUUUGCCAAACCUGUUUUAGUCCGAACUGAAGAUUUAGAUAAGACGAUAAAAUUUGAUGAUGAAUAUCAGUGGUUUUAUGAAGGUCGUAAUGGAUGGUGGAAAUAUGAUGAUAGAACCAGCCAGGAAAUAGAAAGUCGUCACAAAACAGGAGAAAAACUAUUUGAAUUGUUGAUAGCAGGAUUUUUGUAUAUCAUAGAUUUAGAAAACAUGAUUCAGUAUAGGAGAAAUGACAGAUCCAGGAAGAGGAAAAUGAAAAGGGACUUGAUAAGUAUACCUGAUGUCAAAGGGGUAGCUGGACUUAAAUUUGAUAAUGAAAUCUCCAGUCGUUUAGGUGGUGAUGGAGGUGAAGAGAUACAAUCAAAUAUCCAACCCACAACAAUUAGUCCGGACACUGAUGAUCUAAGUGUCCCUAACAAUACACCACAGACUCCAAAUACCCCCGUGGAUAGUCCCCCUAGUAGUGUUACGUCAUCACAACAGGAUCUCGCAGAACAUUUACAGCAAUUGAAUAUUUCUGGAUCAAGUACAACUUCUCUGUAAGAAUUCCUUCAUCAUGGAAUAACAGCAUUAAAUAUAUGUUUACUGUAUGUCAGAUGCUUUAUAUUUUGUACAUUUAAUAGUGUGUUAAUAUUUUCCAGAAUUUUAUUUUACUAUGAAUAUAAUUUGUUAAAAUGAUAUAGUACAUUUUUAAAAUACAAGACAUGUAUGUUGUUUUAUUUGUAAAAAUGAUCAAACCUUGAAACUGAAAAGUUUAUGAUAAUUUUAUUGACUUUGAUAACAAGGAGAUAUAUGUAACAGAGAGUCGCCUCUAACACUCAGUAAUUAUGGUUUCCCUGAAUCUGAACCAAUUUGUAUGCAGUCUUCUUAGCUUCUCACCUAUUAAAAUUCAAUUAUGAGUUUAUAUUUCUUGAUCAUAAUAUCUUUGAUUUUUAUUUUUACAAAAAGCAAAUAGAAUGCAUUACUUGUGGAUUUUUAUUUUUACAAAAAGCAAAUAGAAUGCAUUACUUGUGGAUUUUCCAAAAAAGAAUACAAUGGAAUUUUUUGAUGAAAUACCAUGAAAAAAUUACUAGGAAACAGAGAUUGAAUCUACAAUUUGUAUAUGUAAUACAUGUGUAUUGUACUGUUCCUUUUAAUCUGUAUUACCAGAAAAAUUUGUUGCAAUUCUUUAUAACUGUAACUUUCACUCUCAAUGUCAAUACUAUUUGAAUUUUCUAACAACAAAAUUAGUUUAUAAUUUUUUAUGUACACUUUGAUAAAAUAUUUUUUAGAACAUAUAAAAACACAAAUGUACAUGUAAAAAUAAAGAGUGGACUAUAUGCACCUUUAUAAGAAAUCAGUUGAACAUUAAAAUCUUAUAUGGUUUAUCGAAUUUAGUAAGGUAGAUAUUUCAGAAAUACUGAUAAACUCUUAGAUUUAAAGUAAAUAGUGCUAAAAUUGUUAAAAAUGUUAUUUUUUGUUAUUUGUUAUUAUUUUCAGUGAAACCAUUUUUGCUGACUUUACCCAGAAGUGUUAUAUGACUUAUUGCCACAAUUUUAUCAGUGUUUCCAAAUGAUUUUUUUUCAUAUUUUUGUUUUUUUCCUCAGAAAUUGCUUAAUGCGCUUGAUUUUUCUUGUGUGAUCAGAAAAUCUUGUUUUUCAAAUAUGUUGAAAUGAAAAACUAAGAGCUAUUCCAAAAUUAAACAUAUGGGAGGCACUUCUUUUAGGCCCCAACCAGCCAUAAUAUAAAAUUUUCAUAGGACUUAUAAUUCUUCACAAGUUGUUAGGAAAAUGCAACAACCCACAAUUAAUUUUUUUAUUGCCUUCCAUCCCCCUACCAGGAUCAAUUUUGAAACAGCCCUGAACAAAAUUAAAUUAAAAUACAAUAUAUUAUUUGAAUUUCUAACAAGUAAAGUAAAAGGGAAAUGAAUAAUGAUAAUGAUGAGGCUGUAUGAUAUGUCAUAUAUGUUAAUUUCACAAAAAAACAGACAGUUUCUGAUAAAAUCAAUUCACUCAAUUCCAAGUGUAUUAUUCAGUCAAUAUAUUUGGUUUAAGACAAAAGAAACAACAUUAUUUUUCAUCAUUAUGGCAUUUUUUUGGGGCAUAUUCAAUUUAUGUCAGUAGGUUGAGCAAAGGGAUGAUUAUCUUUUAAGUGAAAUAAUUUCAAUAUCGCUCCAAAGAAAAAUGCAGUGAAUGAUAAAAUAUAGAGUACAAUGAUGAAUAUAAGAAUACAUUGAUGAUUAUACAAUUAAGUGUGCCCAAUCACCUUGUGAAGUAAGGAUGCAGGGAUCCAGUUUGCCCAUUAAAUGCAGAAAUAACGUAAAAAAAUAGUGUUAUAGUAAAUGAGGAUAUUCUGGUAAUGUAAAUGAUAUGAAUUUAGCAUAUUGCACAUGUUGUAACGGGUUUUGUAAUUCACUAUUUCAAAAUCUAAAGGAUUACAGAGAAUUUUAUUGUUGGUGAUCGUGAGUCAUUGGUAAUUGGGUUGAAUUUUCAUUGUUUAAGACAUUUUUUACCAAUCACAAUAUGUUGGUGUACACUAGGAAAAUAUUAGAGAAUGCUACAGAUUCUAAAAGGGUGAGUUGGGUAUAUAACCUCAAAGGUCACUAUAACAUGAACACUGACUUAGCUUCAUGCUGCUUUGUAGUAAAAUGGAGCAAAUGAUGUUAAUAUUUUAAUACUUCACACUUUUGAAACUGUAGAUUUGUGUAAUAGAAUCUCAUAUGAUUUUUAAAAAAUUGGACUGAAGGAAAAACAAUGAUAUUAUUUAUAAUGUAUUUGUGUGUACAUGUAAACUGUGAUAGUUUUUGGUUAAUUACAGCAUCUUCUAUAUUGUGCCAUAUAAGCUGGUUAUAAGGGGGAGUUUAGAAUUGGAGAAGUUUGAAAAUUUUGUACUGUGCAAACUUCAGAAAUUUUUGGCCUUAUACAUUUUUAUAAGCCCCUUUACGGGACGUAUUAUGGUAUACCGUUGACCGUCUGUCAGUCUGUCCGUCCAUUCGUCAUCAACAUGUCGGACAUUAACUCAAAAAAGCUUUAACCAAUAUGCAUGAAACUUUGGUGAAUUGUUUAUAUCAAUUGACGUGAGCUCCCUUUCAUUUUUUAUUAAUUUCAGAUUUACCGUUUCUGAGUUUUGGGGUUUUAUUCAUUAAAGAAGGGGGGAUUUUCCAGUUUUCCGACAAUAACUCAAGAAUGCUUUCACCAACUUGCAAGAAAUUUUGGUGAAUUGUUUAUAUCUAUUGACAUGAGCUCCCUUUCGAUUUUUAUAAAUUUUAGAUUUUACGUUUCCAAGUUACAGGGUUUUAUUCAUAUCCAGCUGCUCUCAGUGAAGCAGUUUAUUUGCCUUGAUGUUAGCAGUGGGGCAUUAACUGCCAAAUUCCAAAAAAUAUUCUUUUGUGUAAAUAUAGGCAUAUCAUUAUUUUAUUCUCCCAUCAUCAGGGACUUGCAAUAGAAAAUGGCAUAUAAUGCUUUUUUAAAUCAAAUUUUAAUUGAAUAGUGAAGAAGCUUGAAAAUUAAGAAAAAAUGAUGAUAAAAUAAUAUGAAAUAACAUAGAGGUAUUCGGCAUAAUGUUAUGCUAUGGUGAUAUUUAGUUAUCUGUAUGUACAUGUGUUGUAGUAUAUUAAAUAUGUUUUUAUUUACUAAAGUUGAAAAUUCUAAUAAAAAUAUUUAUUCCCUC